CAGUUCAUCUUUUAGUUUAGGGUAUUGAGUUGUUUUUGUUGGCCUGGUGAGGUUUGUGUGUGGGGUAAUAUUUGGAGUUAGGUUUUGAUUGGUGAGAGAGAGAGGAGAAGCAGUUAUGGUGACUGCUGAGAAUGAGAUUGGUGUUGAGGAUCAUCAGAAGGAGGCUAGUGCUCCAAAGUCUCCAUGGAAGACACCUGUAGCUGAUGAUGGGAAUGGAGCUGAGGUUUCUGUGAUGAUGGGGAAUGAGUCUUGGCCUGCUCUUUCUGAUGCACAGAGACCCAAGAAUGUUGAUCCAGUUGCUGCUAAGUCUGAGGAUUCAGCAGCUUCUGUGAAAAGUGUUGUUGAGGUUUCUCCAAGGCCUCCUACACUGCAGAAGUCGAAUGGUCCUGGAAACAAUCCGUUACAUAAGAUGCCAUCCCGCCAUCAGAAACCAGGUGCUAAGCGCAACACAAGUGGCGCGCCUCCCUUUCCUGUAUCGAUACCUUAUCAUCAACCAGCAGUUACUCCGGUUUAUCAAAUGGUGCCUGUGCCACCUCAUCUUGCCAUUCCCGGAUAUGGUUUCCCUCCUGGUCCUGGGCCUUAUCCAAGUGUUGAGAACCCUAUGGUGAAACCGGGGUCUCAGUCACCAAGACCAGCUUUUGGCCCACCUGCUCAUCCUGUCGAUGCCAAAAAUGCUCCGCCGUCCCCGCGAGGGGAUCCAAAUGCAUACUCUGCUAAUUUUUCUACUGGAAGACCGAAUAUGCAAGAACAAGGUGAACACUUAAAUCACGGUUGGGGUAUGGGCCCGAGGAACUUUGUAAGACCUCCAUUUUUCGGUCCCACUCCAGGAUAUAUGGUUGGUCCUGGCUUUCCAGGACAUGUUCCAGUAUGGUAUGGCCCCCCCAUGCCACCUGCUCUCCCCAUUAGAGGAACCCCUCCUCGGCAUUUUGUUCCGUAUCCUGUCAGUCCAUCUUCUCAAUCACUGCCUCCAGAAACCGUAGCUUUGAGGGCUAGCAUUGUUAAACAGAUAGACUACUAUUUUAGUGAUGAAAAUCUGCAGAAUGAUCAUUACCUUAUUUCCUUGAUGGAUGACCAAGGAUGGGUUCCAAUAUCCAUUGUAGCUGGCUUUAAAAGGGUCAAGAAGAUGAGUACUGACAUACCUUUCAUCCUUGAUGCACUUCAGAGUUCUGAUGUUGUGGAAGUGCAGGGUGACAAGAUAAGGAAAUACAAUAACUGGUCAAAAUGGAUCCGAGGUUCUUCAGGAAAUUUAGGAUCAUCUGCUGAACAGAUUCAACCGAGGCAAGUCGUAGAAGAUGCAUUGAAAUCUUCAGAGAAUACGGAAGUUGAUGGAGAUAAGACCAAGGAUAUUUCUGAAGCAAAUUUUAAAGAUGCUGCUCAAAACCAUAUCCAGUCAAACACAGAUACUUCACAAUCUUCGCAUAUGAAUCAUGAGCAGGAUAGUGAGAUCCAUCAUUCAAAGAAUAAUUCUCACGCAGCAACUGGUCAAAGAGUCAAAUACUCUAAUCACAAUACAACCAAUAGUAAUUUAAGCUUCUACUACAAAGAAACUGAUGCCAAAAUAUUUGAUGAUACUGAGACUGGAAAUGCGGAUGUUUCGGCUGAUACGGAUAUUAGAGACCUUUCCAAUGAUUUCUGUCAUACAUUUAUGCUUGAUGAAGAGAUAGAGCUUGAGCAGAAGAUGCAAAAGAAGACUGAGGUUUCUUCUCCUAGAAGGAUGGAUGAUGACGAUGAUGAGAUGGCUGUCAUUGAACAAGAUGUACAGAGACUUGUGAUCGUUACCCAGAAUAAUGAUUCUAAACAAGGGUCCAGAGGUUCUGGUAAAGAAUCAAAAUCCCUCUCCAAUGAGCUUGCUUCUGCAAUAAACGAUGGGCUUUAUUUCUUUGAGCAGGAACUGAAACAUAGACGGUCUAAUCGUAGAAAGAAUAAUAAUGAUAAUAGAGAUCGAAACUUAAAAUCUCCAAGCCAUACUUCAGGAGUAUCUAAUACUGGUGGAAGUGGCAUGCAUGAAGAAUCUGGAAGCAGUAAUUCUCGAAGGAAACAGAAAACUUAUCACAAGCAACCAUCUUAUAUAAAGCAGCGCUUUUUCUCUAGCAAUUUUAGAAAUCAUGGAACCGCUCGUAACUCCACCGGGAUCAUAUCUGAAAGCCCACCUAGUAAUUCGGUUGGGUUUUUCUUUGCUUCCACACCUGAAAAUCAUUGUCUCAAACCCUCCAAAUUGAGUAGUUCGCCGCAUGGUGGUCUUUCGAGUAGUUCUCCUGUGGGCUCCAUGCCAAAAUCUUUCCCACCUUUUCAGCAUCCAAGUCACCAACUUUUAGAAGAAAACGGUUUCAAACAGCAAAAGUACGUGAAGUAUCAUAAACGAUGCUUGAAUGAUCGAAAGAAACUUGGAAUCGGUUGCAGUGAGGAAAUGAAUACACUAUACCGUUUUUGGUGCUAUUUUCUUCGCGACAUGUUUGUUCCUUCUAUGUAUAAUGAAUUUAAGAAACUGGCAAAGGAAGAUGCAGCUGCCAAUUAUAAUUAUGGCAUAGAAUGUCUUUUCAGAUUCUACAGUUAUGGUUUGGAGAAGGAAUUCAGGGAAGAUCUGUACAAGGAUUUUGAACAGCUUACUCUGGAAUUCUAUCAGAAGGGAAAUCUCUAUGGCUUGGAAAAAUACUGGGCAUUUCACCACUAUCGCAAGGCACACGAACCGUUGAAUAAGCACCCUGAGCUGGACAGGUUGCUCCGAGAAGAUUACCGAAGUUUGGACGAUUUCCGCGCCAAGGAAAAGCACACGGUGAAAGAGGACGCCGAUUAGGCCCCAAGUGUCCCAAUUUUGAUGGCAUCCCAAUUUUGAAAAGAGCUCUAACUUUUUAACAUUGUGUGUUUGGAGUAGCAGCCUUGCUUUUUGGGUUUGAAUGCAAAAGAAAGAAAGGGGAAGAUUGUUUUUUUUGUUCAAAUAUUUAUAAAAACUGUGGUUUUGAUGAUGCAGGGUUGCUGAUUGCCAAGUUUCUUCUUUUGAUGGAUAUAUCAUUCUAUAUGGUAUACAACUGAUUCCUUUCUUUUUGAGACACUUUGUGGAGACACCCUUUUCUUGUCUCCAAAAAAUGUUGUACAUAUAAGUUGAUAGACUUAGAAGAAAGUUGUGUAACAUUGUUACAUCAUAAGGGAAAUAGGGUCCUUCUUUUUACUUUUGGGAGAGUAAAAAAAGAAAAAAGAAAAAAGAAAGGGGAGGGUUGUACUUAUUUAUGUCUGCGCCAAAUUUGAACAAUAAGAGUGAGAAUCAUUUUGUAACCUU